ACGAAGAGAAUUCCCGAGAGAGCGAACCCUAAUUUUUCACGAUGAUGCAGAAUCUGAGAAACGUCUUAACUCGCGGAGGGAGAUCCAUGGGGUCUCGCAAUUUCUCUUCACCGCCUGGGUCGCCCAACGAUGGGUGGGAGCGUAUGGCUCGGUUUGCACAGAGAGAGCGUCCUUCUAAGCGUUAUUUAGUAUGUGCAUUGUUUGGAUAUGCGUAUUACAUUGUCUCCGGAGAUAUGGAGAUUAAAAAAAUCGCCCAAGCGGAUGAGGAAUUGCUCCAACUCCGGGUAAAACGUCACCAGGAACUGGUACACAAGGCGAUGCGUGAUCUGGAGCUCAUUAGAAGCCGUGACUAAAGUUUGUGUUUAGUUUAUUGCGUGUGUUUUGAAAA